GUUCAGCACCGAGAGCGUAGCGUCUACUACCUAUCCACCCAUGGCGCACGAUAGCACCUCCAUCGACCCCAGAAGCGGCUUCUGCAAGUCCAGCUCCACAUUCUACAGCAAGCGCAAGCCACUAUCCCUCCCGCCUAACGAAUUCCUUGAUAUCACCACCUUCAUAUCCUCCCGGCCCCAGUCUAGCAAGAUCGCCUUCAUCGAUGCCUCCACAGGCCGCCACGUCACAUUCCCCGACCUCUGGCGUGCAGUCGAUUCCGUGGCGACAUGCCUCUCCGAUCUCGGGAUCCGCAAGGGCGACGUCAUCCUUCUCCUCUCUCCCAACUCCAUCUAUUUCCCCAUCGUCUGCCUCUCCGUCAUGUCGCUCGGCGCCAUCAUCACCGCCACCAAUCCCCUCAACACGCCGCAAGAAAUCGGCAAGCAGAUCGCCGAUUCCAAACCGAUCCUCGCCUUCACGACUCCGUCGUUCGUCUCGAAACUCGACGACUCGGGCCUCCCAGUCGUGCUUCUGGAAGAAAACAGCAAGCGAGGAAAUGAUGGCAACUCGAGUGUGAAAGCUAGAGUCAUCUCUUCCAUAGAGGACAUGAUGCGGAAGGAGCCGAGUCAGGGCCGAGACAGGGACCGAGUCAGGCAAGAUGACACGGCGACUCUGCUCUACUCGUCCGGCACGACCGGCAUGAGCAAGGGCGUCGAGUUAUCCCAUCGCAACCUAAUCGGAACAGUGCAGACGUUUAUCGAGAGGUUGCAGUUGGAAGAAGGCGAGCAGACGUUCAUCUGUACCGUCCCUAUGUUCCACGUGUACGGCCUGGUUAUGUUAGCGACGGGGCUGCUGGCGACCGGAUCGACAGUCGUGGUGCUCUCGAGAUUCGAGAUGGAUCACAUGCUUUCGGCGAUCGAUAGGUAUCACGUGACGUAUCUGCCGCUCGUGCCGCCGAUACUGGUGGUGCUGACGAACCACGCCGACGCGAUACGAGCCAGGUACGAUCUAGGAUCGUUGAAGACAGUGGUGUCGGGUGGGGCUCCCUUGAGUAAGGAGGUGACGGAUGGGUUCCUGGCCAAGUAUCCGACGGUGGCGAUUCUUCAGGGGUACGGACUGACAGAGACGACGGGGAUCGGGGCGUCGACGGAUUCGGUGGACGAGAGCAAGAGGUACGGUACGGCGGGGUUGCUAUCACCGAACAUGGAGGCGAAGAUCGUGGAUCCGGAGAGCGGCGAGGCGUUAGGGGUGAAUCAGACGGGCGAGCUUUGGCUGCGAGGGCCCACCGUCAUGAAAGGAUAUUUUAGCAACCCAGAAGCAACUACAUCGACUCUAGAUUCCAAGGGAUGGCUGAGAACAGGGGAUCUUUGCUACAUAGAUGAAGAUGGAUAUAUCUUCGUUGUUGACAGGUUGAAAGAGCUCAUCAAAUACAAAGGAUAUCAGGUUGCCCCGGCGGAACUGGAGGCUUUGCUCCUUUCUCAUCAGGAGAUCGCUGACGCUGCUGUCAUACCGUAUCCGGACAAGGAGGUUGGGCAAUAUCCAAUGGCAUAUGUGGUUAGGAAAGCAGGGAGCAAUUUGUCCGAAAGCACCGUGAUGGAACACAUUGCAAAACAGGUAGCCCCAUACAAGAGAAUCCGGCGGGUUGCAUUUGUGUCUUCCAUCCCAAAGAAUCCAUCUGGCAAAAUAGUCAGGAAGGAUCUUAUUAAGUUGGCAACCUCCAAGCUCUGAAGUUACGUUCCUUUAGUUUCCUUGUUCUUGCGAACAUGGAUUGUAAUAUUAUUAUUGACUUUAUCUUACAAUUUUGUUAGCAUGGUAGUGUUUAUCUUUAUGCAGUUAUAUAAGUUCAAGUUUUACUAUCAUUUCUUCCUUGUAAUAGUUGUCUAUAAUGAACAAGUUGAUUACAAUCAAUAAGUUUUCCUUGACAA